AUGGAAACAGAUGAUAGUGACAUAGAAAAUGGUAAUCAAGAUACUAAUAGUAAGCUUGAAAACAAUGACAGCAUACCUGAUAAAGACAACUCACUUUUAGAAGAAAACAAAAGCAAAUAUGAAGAUAUCUCAGAAAAUAUUGAAAAUUCCCAAAGUGGUGACCAAGAAAAAGAGAUAAAUGAGAACAUGACAAACAAAAAAAAAGACAAAAGACCUUGUGGGAAGAAUGAAGACCAAGUACAAGACACAAGUAGUUCAAAUGAUACAGAAAAUUUGACCAGAGAUAGAAAUGAAAAGGAUGACAAACCAACUGAAAAGGGUGACCAAUCUACUGAAAAGGAUGACAAACCUACUGAAAAGGGUGACCAAUCUACUGAAAAGAAUGACAAACCAACUGAAAAGGAUGACAAACCUACUGAAAAGGAUGACAAACCUACUGACAAGGAUGACAAACCUACUGAAAAGAAUGACAAACCAACUGAAAAGGAUGACAAACCAACUGAAAAGGAUGUCAAACCAACUGAAAAGGAUGUCAAACCUACUGAAAAGGAUGACAAACCUACUGAAAAGGGUGACAAACCUACUGAAGAGGGUGGAAGAAAGAAACAAAAAGAAGGAAAGAAGAAAAAGGGGAAAAAUAAUCAAGGUGGUGCCAGCACAUCUCAGGUACCUACUAAAAAACAGCCGGAUUCAAGGAAAGUAAAAGUAAAUUUUCAUGUUUUACUGCCGAAAGAGUUUCACAUGGAUGUAAAAACUGAUCAACUGUUUAUUCGUGGUGAUGAUGCUGUUCUUGGUGGUUGGAGUUCUACGAAACAUAAGAUGGAUAAGAUUCAGUAA